AUGAGGGCACUGUGGAGCCACUUGAGUGCCAUUUCGAAUUGCAAACUUUCUCCGAGAUUAUCCGCACCAAAUUCGACCUCACAUCGACCCAUCAUUUCCACUGACCAAGAUCCUGAGCUCAGAGAUUUUGUUGGGUUUUUAGAAUCUCUCAAAAACUAUGAGAAAUCUGGUCUGCCAAAAGGAGCUGGAACUGAUUCUCGUCAAGGGUUCGAUCUCGCUAGAAUGAAACGUCUCAUGCUUCGUCUCAAUACUCCACAUCUCAAUUACAAGGUUGUUCAUGUGGCUGGAACAAAGGGAAAAGGAUCAACUUGUACUUUUCUUUCCAAUAUCUUACGAGCAGCAGGAUAUUCAGUUGGUUCUUAUUCUAGUCCACAUAUUCUGAGUAUCAAAGAACGCAUUUCCUGUAAUGGAGUUCCUGUCUCUGCAUCCACUCUUAACGAUCUCUUCUAUUCGAUUAAACCGAUCCUCGAUCAGUCUAUUCAAGAGGAGAAUGGUUCUUUGAGUCAUUUUGAGAUUCUCACAGGGAUAGCCUUUUCAUUAUUUUCGAAAGAAAAUGUCGACAUUGCGGUUAUAGAGGCUGGGCUAGGAGGAGCUCGUGAUGCUACAAAUGUCAUUGAAAGUUCAAAUCUUGCUGCAUCAGUCAUAACGACGAUAGGUGAGGAACAUUUGGCUGCUCUUGGUGGUUCUUUGGAAAGUAUAGCAGAGGCGAAAUCUGGAAUUAUUAAACACAGUCGUCCAGUGGUUUUAGGUGGAUCGUUUCUUCCACAUAUCGAGGGCAUUCUUCGUUCUAAAGCAGCAUCAUUGUCGUCAUCGGUAAUAUUGGCAUCAAAUAUUGGAUCUAAUUCUUCAAUCAAAGGCAUCAUCAACAAAAACGGGAUUGGGCUUUGUCAGUCCUGUGACAUUGUCAUACGAAAUGAGAGAGAUGAUAAACCAAUUGUUGAGCUUGGUGAUGUAAAUCUACGCAUGCUUGGACAUCACCAGCUCCAAAAUGCGGUUACUGCCACAUGCGUGUCUCUCUGUCUUCGUGAUCAAGGAUGGGGGAGAGUGACAAAUGAAGCAAUGCAGAUUGGUUUAGAGAAUACUCGUUUACUUGGUAGAAGUCAGUUUCUGACACCAAACGAAGCAGACACAUUACAAUUACCAGGAGCAACAGUGCUUCUUGAUGGAGCCCACACCAAAGAAUCUGCUCGAGCUCUAAAGGAUAUGAUAAAGAAAGAUUUUGCAGAGAAGAGAUUAGUGUUUGUGGUUGCAAUGGCUAGUGACAAAGAUCAUGUUUCCUUUGCAAAAGAGAUUCUCUCAGGUCUAAAACCAGAAGCAGUGGUCUUAACAGAAACUGACAUUGGUGGAGGUAAGGUUAGAUCAACAGAGUGUUCGGUUUUGAAAGAAUCAUGGAUAAAAGCUGCUGAUGAGUUAGGUUUAGGGUUUAUGGAAGCUUCAGAAAACAAAAAUGUGUUUGGUUCCUUCAAACUUGCCUACAAGAUUCUCAACGAUGACUCGGGAAUGGUUAUAGUCACCGGUUCACUUCACUUUGUAUCUUCAGUCUUAGCUUCUCUUCAACAUUAG